UUCACUAGUCCCUGAUUGGUCGAUUCAAAGUCGAGAACUUCCGCCUAACCCCAAAAAUCCCACAAAAUCUAGUCUUGUGUAACAAAAAUGAGGAAAACCAUAACAGAUUAAUUCGCGAUUACGAUAAACCGAGGAGAAGCCAUAAAUUUUAAUUUCAAUGUUUCAAAACUGUUAACGACACACAACCCGAGGGACAUAGCCAAAAAUUUUAUUGAAUCGAAACCCCAAAUCCAUCCCCGGAUUGCUAAUUAAAUUAAAGGGGCUGAGAACGCAGCCCAGAAGACUCUCAAAGUCCCCUUGACCUUUUCCUGAGUGAAAGACGUGGAAAAUUCAUCAGAAAAUCCACCCCCAGUCCCCCAGGAGGUGUGAGGUGAGGUUAAAUAAAAAAUCGAGUGAAAUAUCAAGAGAAUAUCGAAGAUUGACCUCGAAAUGGCGAUCAACAAUGAACCCACGGGUUCAUUACGACAGAGAAGAAUGAAAAAGGAUGACAAUGAUGAAAAAAGUGUGAGCAACAUUGAAAAGAGUGAGGGACACCAAUUGCGCACUGAAACAGACAGUUUUCCUAAUAUAAAUGAGAGACCAGUUGAUGACAUCUCGAUUGAAUUUUUCUACACACCUCACACAAUCACUCUCCUCCUAAUUUCCAUCGGUGCUGUUAUUUAUUUUGCAUUUGUCAGAGACAUCACCAACGAGAAUGACAACAUAUGGGCAGGAAUUCACUGCGUUAUAUUCUUCUUCCUGAUAAUAUCGGUGUUGACAUUUCCAAAUGGCCCGUUUACACGUCCCCAUCCAGCAGUCUGGAGGAUAGUAUUUGGUUGCAGUGUCCUCUACCUCAUGAUGCUACUCUUCAUGCUCUUCCAGAGCUACGAAACAGUGAGAAAAAUUCUCGUUUGGGUCGAUCCGAAGCUGUCGACUUUUCGCAUUGAUAUGGAUAAAGAGUAUGGGGUCAACUGUUCUGAUAUUAAUGUGGAGAAGAUCUGGAAUCACUUGGAUAUUUUUGCUGUGGCUCAUUUCCUUGGGUGGACGUUUAAAGCUGUACUUAUCAGACAUUUGGGAUUAUUAUGGGCUACUAGCAUCAUGUGGGAACUCACAGAAAUGGCCUUCGCACAUUUACUGCCGAAUUUUGUCGAGUGCUGGUGGGAUGCUGUGAUAUUGGACGUUCUUGUCUGCAAUGCUCUUGGUAUUUGGGUGGGUUUGAAGAUCUGCUCGAUUCUCGAGAUGCGUGAGUACAAGUGGGUCAGUAUAAGGGACAUCGAGAGUACAACUGGCAAGUUAAAACGUGCUGUACUACAAUUCACACCGGCAAGCUGGACAUCUACCAGAUGGCUCGAUCCAACAUGCACGUAUAUGCGUUUUGUUGCAUUGUGCCAACUAGUUAUUUUCUGGCAGGUCUCUGAGUUGAACACGUUUUUUCUUAAACACGUUUAUGAAUUUCCACCGUCGCAUCCCUUUGUCAUCUCGAGAUUAUUCCUCGUUGGGGUCAUCGUAGCGCCUUCAGUCAGACAAUAUUAUAUGUACGUCACAGACCCUACAUGCAGUCGAGUUGGUACCCAGUGUUGGGUCUAUGGUGCAAUAAUGGUCACUGAGGCGCUACUCUGCAUAAGACAUGGUGCUGAGCUCUUUGAGAGGACUCAGGCUGUCAACAUCAUCGUCUGGUUGCUCUGUCAGUCAUUAAUAUCAGUCCUGUGUGUCUACGGUUGCGUUCUCUGGCAUAAAUACUUCGAGACGGAAAAGCUUAACCCGCCGACCCAACAGGACAAGUGUCGAGUCGAAACAGCUGCGUGUGAUGGGCAAUUGGAUAUCGCUGAAGACAGCUCUGUGGAGGCUUCUAGCUCAGGAAAAAAGGGAGUGUAAUCGCAUUUCACUAUCAAACUCAUCGGAACAUUCUAGUCGUGCCAUCUGAUCAUUGAU